CAGUGACCAGCUGGGUAUGUGCAGGAUGAGACAAUCUUUUAGGUAUCCUGCUAGGCUGUAUAGGGUUUUGUACACCAAUACCGGCAUCUUGAACCUAGCCUAGUAGGUCAUUGGCAGGCAGUGCAAUUCCUUCAGCAGCGGCCUAAUGUGAUGGUGACGUUGGCUCAAAGUCAGUACGUACAGUAUUUGUAUUUUCAUUCCUUCCUUCAGGAGGUUUUGAGCUGAAGCUGCCAGGUGUCUAUGAGACUCCAUAGAAACUGAAAGUGAGGAGUCAUCACUGUCUCAAGACACCAUCCCUGACCAGUUGCCUCCACGUUGGGAAGACAGGUGCUUGUCAGGAGCCUCCUUUGCCAAGAGAAAGAAGAAGGACUCCAGGCAUUUCUGGCGAGAGAGUACCCGUUUGUGCCGAGAUGCAGGAGAGCUAUGAAACAGUGAUCUCGCUGGCGGAAGAAAUUGCCAUUAACUGGCCCCGGAUAACUGCCUUCACAGAGACCCGAGGGCGCCGAGGCUUGGCUCCUGGGCUAGAAAUGGAACCUGAGCAAGGGCAAUUGGCACCUUUGCAGGGGCAGGCGGCAGCAGCAGCAGCUACAGCCGGCUCGAGUGAAGAAGGGAUCCUGCCGGACUUCCGGAGGCAGCUCGGGGUGAUCCUGCAGACUGUUGGCAAGGCACAAGUGGAAAAGAUGCUGAGGGAGCUGGUGAAGGAGCAGGAGCAGCAGGGGAGAGUCAGGAGGCGCAAAAGGGUGACCCGGAGCCCCCGCCUUGGAGCAGGUGAUGAAGCAGGUGGGCAGAACAACUCAGAGGCCUCACAUGCUGGAACGUUGGAAGCACCCACCAUCCUGUCUAGAAAGCCAGCUGCGAAUGAGCUGCAGGUGCCCCUCUUGUGCUCAGGGCUGGUGGCAGGGCAAAAGCAACCCAUUUCAGGGAAGAUUUUUCAUGGGGACGCCAGAGGGUGUAAGAACAGCCUUGUCCACCAGCAGAGCCCUUUGGGAACGAGAUGGGGGACAGGCCUUGAGCCCCGGGAGAGCGUUGGCUGCAGCCCGCUCCACAGCAUGAGCCGGGACUCCCAGGAUGCCGCGAGACUCUGGCCGCCUUUCGGUGAAAGAGCCCAGUUCUUCUCGGCAUGGCAGAAACCACGCUUCACCCAGAGACGCCGGCGCCCACCUGCAGGAGAGAAACCCCACCUCUGUGGGCCAUGCAGGAGGACCAUUGUUGUCCCACCACAGAGAUCCAGCUCACCUCCAAAUUCCGCCUUGGCUCCUGUCCUGGAUUCUGCCUCUGCCUCUUCUCUUGCUUUGCCUCUGAACUCUGUAGGGGCAGCAACUACCCAGCCGCCAGGCGGGAACUCUGUUUCAGCCCAGCCCCGGAAACCCCACGGCUGCGAGGAGUGUGGCAAGCGGUUCCGAAUCCUUGCCAACUUAGAGCGGCACCAGCAGCGCCACGCAGUGGAAAAGCCUCACCAGUGCCGUGACUGCGGGCGCCGUUUCCGCUGGGGCUGCCACCUGGAGCGCCACCGGCGGUCACGCCGCUGUGUGGAGUGUGGUGGGGGGCUGGCCACGCCACCUCCACCCCCGUCCCCGCCCCCGGAACCCGACCGGCCCUAUUCCUGCGGCGAAUGUGGGAGGCGGUUCACACAGCGCUCGGCGCUCAGCAAGCACCGGCGGCUGCACUCAGGGGAGCGGCCUUAUGGCUGCGGAGAGUGCGGCAAGCGCUUCCUGCAGCGCUCCGACCUCACCAUCCACGUGCGCUCGCAUUCUGGGGAGCAGCCCUACGUGUGCACGGAGUGUGGCCGCCGCUUCAGCGUCAGCUCCAACCUCAGCAAGCACAGGCGCAUGCACCGCGGGGAGCGCCCCCACGCCUGCUCGGUCUGCGCCAAGCGCUUCCUGCAGCGCUCCGAGCUCCUCAUCCACCAGCGUGCUCACACCGGGGAGCGCCCCUACCCCUGCACAGCCUGCGGGAAGCGCUUUGCUCGCCGGGCACACCUCAAACGCCACCAGCGCACCCAUGGCAGCGUGCCUGCCACAACCACUGCCUCUCGUCACCAGAGUGCCCGUCUGCUGGCCCCGUCUGCAGCAGAUACCACACCCCUUCUUGAACACGAAGGGGCGCCCGAUGCCUUGGAGUCACGCCCCUGCUCCAACGCACAUGCUACAGGCCCACGCCCACCAGCAUCCGAGCCUGUCUUUUCAGCAGGCCGAAGUCCUGUGGGUGCUGCUUCGCUGGGCCUUCCCUGGGCAGUGACCUCCUCCGCCCGCCUCCCCUUCUGUUCCAGUUCUCUUUGAUUUUGCGGUAGCUUUCCUGUAUCCCUGCCCUUUGUCACUCCCUCGCGACCAGCAGGCUCCUCGGUUGAACCUCAGAGGCCCAGCUCUGGGUAGAUGCAGUAGGGGCAGACCAGUUUCCAAAGGAGCAGGGGAGGCAGCUGGCAGUAGCUUGUAUUUUUGGACCCAGCCCUUGUUUGCUAGGAAGCCUGGUGAUUUUCUUUUGCUUUUUUCUCCUCCUUGGAGCCUGCUAGGCUCUGCGUGGGGCCCCGAUUCUGUGGGUGAGAUGGAGGGAGUAAGGUGGGCACGCCAAGACCCUGGGUGAGAUGUCAGUUACGUUCCCUGGACUUUUGACUGGGCUCUUUAGCACCAAUCAGUGUGACCCAGUUGGGCACAUUAUUUAAAGUCUGCGGGAGAGGGGUUAGGUAGGCUACCUUUGUGGAUUUGGGAUGGGAAGCACCCCGGGUUGAUCUCAGCUAACCGUUGCAAGCUGUCAUUGUUGCUUGCGAGUCACAGUAGGAUCACAGGCAUGCACUUCUGAGACAAACACGCACGGAUACUUGCUCUCCUGACAUCGUCCAAGCACAUGGUCACCUAUCCUCACCACCACCCCACCCCACCCCCAUAAUUUUGUAAAUGUCAUUAGGGCUCCUCCUGACACUCUCGCCCUGGGUCUUCUUGGCUGACUGUCUCUCCUUGACCAGACUGCCUUUGUUUCCUU